CAAGAGCGGCUCCCCGUGUAGCUGCCGCGCCGCUGCGAGUCGCACCUGCAGCCCGGCCUUCAAGCGCCCAGCCACCUGGCGCGGCCCCGCACGAAGCUCCAGGCGCGGCCUGUGGCGGGACCCACUUGCACCGAGCACUGCCUUGGUUUCCCCCUGCGCACCGCGCUCUGUGCCGGGCACCACCGAGACGCGGCCGCCGCGCCUCCUCUGGCCUCAGCUUCCCAUCAGCCCGACGCGAAGAGCCACCCUUCCCACCUCCACAGCCAGCAGUGUCUGGCCUUCCGUGGGCCUCGGUCUCCCCGUGUGCCCGACCGACAGAACCAUCCCGCUGCCGAGCAGGGGGAGCGCGCGGAGCAGGCGGGACGGUCCAGCCUCAGCUGGACAAACCUGGGUGCGCCCCUUCCCUGAGCAGCAUCCGGCAAACACGGACCGCCUAGCCCGUUUAUUAAUGAUGUGUGUCGCGGCGCCCGAACAGUUCCUGUCGGGAGCGGAGGGGAGCGGGAGCGGGGGCAGGGCGCCCUCCGCCCGCACCGCCGGGGCUUAAGGGAAGCGGACCGUGGGAGCGGCCCGCUCCGGGACAGCGGAACCUUCGUUGCGGCGCGAGCGUUUCCGGACGGUGCCCUUUUCCAGCGACGCCGCCGCCCCUCGCGCCCCCGCGCCCGCGCCCCCCGCGCCCGCGUCCCCGGCGCCGCCGGCCCGGAGCUCCCGGAAGUCUCGGUCCCGCCGCCGCCGGCACUCGCGAGGGGAAGCCCGGGCCGCCCGGGACCUCGGCCCGCUCCUCCGGUCCCGAGAGGCCGCCGCAUCGGCUGACGCCCCAGAUGCUGCUGCUGCCGCCUCGGCCACCCCACCCUCGGUCCUCCUCUCCAGAGGCCAUGGACCCACCGCCCCCCAAGGCUCCCCCUUUCCCCAAGACGGAAGGCCCUCCCUCCACUCCAUCCUCGGCGGCAGGGCCCCGGCCCCCGCGGCUGGGCCGCCACCUGCUCAUCGACGCCAACGGGGUGCCCUACACAUACACGGUGCAGCUGGAGGAGGAGCCCCGGGGCCCGCCCCAGCGCGAGGCAGCGCCGGGAGAACCCGGGCCGCGCAAGGGCUACAGCUGCCCGGAGUGCGCUCGCGUCUUUGCCAGCCCUCUGCGGCUGCAGAGCCACCGCGUGUCGCACUCGGACCUCAAGCCCUUCACGUGCGGCGCCUGCGGCAAGGCCUUCAAGCGCUCCAGCCACCUGUCGCGGCACCGCGCCACGCACCGCGCGCGCGCAGGCCCGCCGCACACCUGCCCGCUGUGCCCACGCCGCUUCCAGGACGCCGCGGAGCUGGCGCAGCACGUGCGCCUGCACUGAGUUCCAGACCCUCGGGGCCUCGCGAGCCACACAGCGUCACUCCCACACGCGCUCCCAGCCUUACGCGCGGCCUCCGUUUCUCCACCCGCCCAACGGGAGAAACACCAGCCCUUCCUCACCUUCCUUCUAGCUGUGUGCUGUAGACCAAGCCGCUGCCCCUCCCUGGGCCUGGGAGCCAGUCUCGGAGCUGGGUUCGGCCCGGCUGUGCUGCGCGAGCCUGUGCAGGUGACAGCGUCUCCGAGCCUUGGUCUUCUGCUCCGAAGUGGUGAACGGUUGUGUGCGCGGAAGAUUUAACAAAAGAGCACGGCGCGGUCUGGCUCAUUUCUGUAUCUCCCCCUUUCCACCCACAGCCCUCACCCCUUACUCAAUAAACAUUCCGCACUCCA